AUGAUUGAACAACUUCGGCCAAUUCCACGCCACUUACCACUUCCUACCCCUCCACAAUCAUCCAAACCGAAGUUGUUAAAGACUGCACUGAGCAAUGCAAGCCAAUCUGUGGAUCGCGGGCAGGCAAACGAAGAGGUGCUGGUCUCACCAUUGGCGGAGAAGAAUCUUCGCAAAGUUAUUAGCCGCUUCGGAACAUUACCAAAAACCGAUCGUAUCGAUGCCUAUUUGGAGUCAAUGAAGAGAGAUCAGCCAGAUAUGUCCGAUACCGGUGAAUCUUCUGGAAUGAGCCACGCACUUUCUGAUGAUUCUCUCGACGAGCUCCCCGUCCCUGAAUCAAUGGAAGGGAAAAGCCAAGUGCUAGUGCAGUUGAAGUCCCGUCUCAAGAAAACUUCCUCCGAGUCCCCUGUGUCUCCUGAGUCUCUGCAGUUCAAUAGCAGCCCACCUGAGUCUUCUGUCCCUCGCGGCGAUCGCAAAAUUGUUGUUACACGACCGGCUCCUGAUCCACCUACUCGUUCUAGUGCUGGUCCUUUGCCAGCAGUUACCAAGUCGGAUUACCCUAGAAAGAAAGUGGAAAAGCGCGAUGGAAGAGGUGAUGAUUUGGUCGAAGGUGAAUUGAAAGCCAGAAUUCGUACGCUGCGCCACGUGGAAAAGCCUGAUGAGAAGUGUACGCCUGAUUCGCUUGGUAAUUCCGCGGAUGAAACAGCUUCGACGUCAUCAGCAUCUGUUCCAGAAGUUGCCAAAGUUCGGCAGCUUAUAACUCAGAAGCUCCGGGAAAUAACAUCGAAAGAUCGUGUUCCUGUCACUAACGAAGAGCUUGAUUCGGGCAUGGUGCGCACCCAGUCGUUGAGAGACAUCACAACGAAAUUUGAGAAGCUUACUGCGGCUCCUGCGAAGACUGCCGUCUCGAUUCGCGGUGGACUUGUUGGCAGUACUGCGAAUAAACGAUUCUCUUUGUUAGAAUCGAAGCCACAUUCCUCAUCUGUGACGUCCGAAACUAGUCCCAGUAGCAGUCCAGAUGAUGUUGUGGCCACACCGCUGUCAAAUUGCGAACAGCAAAGUGUUAGCAAGGAAUCAUUGUUGGCCUUAUAUAGAACUUUGGAAGAGUGCAUGCAAGAUCUUCGCAACGAAAGAGUUGGCAGAAUGACGCAAACUUCUCGCACAGACUCCCGGCUAGCAAUGCUUAUUCGACUAAGCGAUGUUAUGCAGCAAUUUCACACCACUUGUGCCAUCUACGCUGAGCAAAUCACCCCGCAUAGCAAGUUCAGAUAUCGCGAGCUGCUGAACCGACUCGAAGUGUUUGUGCGUCAGCUAAGAACGUGCGCCUCUGGAUCAGCAAGUAAUCCCGAUUUUGCUGAAUCACAUAUCCUUCCUCAGUUCGAGGUCACCUUCCGCCAAAUACUGCAACUAAUCAAUCGUUAA